CUUUCGCUUUUAAUCAAUGGCAAAUUAUUGUGAAUAGCUACACAGAAGCAGCUGAUUAAUGCAUAAAGAAAAAAAUUGUAAUAUUUUAUAAUGGAUCCGAAUUUACGAAAUCUUAAAGAUUUUCUAACACUCUACAAUAAGGUAACGGAACUUUGUUUCUCAAGAUGCGUAGAAACACUUUACGAACGGGAUUUAACUAAUUCUGAAAGUGCGUGUAUUGAUCGAUGUGUAACGAAAUUUGCGCGGUUUAAUCAGAAAAUGAUGAACGUUUACGUUGAAGUACAGUCUGAGAUAAAUCAAAGACGAAUGGAAGAGCUUGAGGCAAAUCAAAAGCAAUUAGAACAAGCAAAAUCAACAUCUGCGGCACCAACUCCUAGUAUAGCAAAUUUGUCGACAACGAAUAGAGGACAAACUCAAGUCCUAUCAUAGAAUAAAGUAUAUGUAAAUAGCCAAUAUAUAUUCAUAUCUACUUAAUUGUAUCUAUAGAUUUGUUAUAAGUAACCUACAUGGUAAUACAUAUAAGUAUGCCGACACGUA